UGUGCUGAGCUAAGGAGCAUGCGCAGCUUCCGGCAUCUAUUCGCCGGGCUGCCGGAGCUCUCACUAUGUAGGGACCGGGGCUCAGGCAGGUACGUGAUCUCAGGGGCUCAGCUCUGGCAGGAUGAAGCCUCAAUAGAGCGGCUCGGAGGCGUCCGUCAGUGAGCACUCAUCCCUCUACCUCACACACUUGUCCUGCCAGUCGCUCUGACUCUCUUGUAAAGUUUUAACACUGGAUUUAUCUCGCUGCUGCUGUCGCUUUUCCUUACUGUGUACCGGACUGAUGCUGUGCGCUGAUGUGCCGCUGCGCUAAGGGAAGCCUGCCCAGUGCUGACUCUUCGGUCCCCAUGACUCUGAGCACUUUAUCCGGGGGCAGGAAGGCAGGAGACGGACACUUGUGCGCAUGUUGUGGGGAGAAAAUGAUCCCACAUUUCUCUGAAAAUGCCGUGAUUUCCCAAAACACCAUCAAUCAGCUCAUUAGUGAAAGUUUCCUGACCGUAAAAGGUGCUGCUCUCUUCCUUCCACGAGGGAAUGGCUCAUCCACACCAAGAAUCAGCCACAGACGCAACAAACAUGCAGGGGACUUGCAGCAGCACCUGCAGGCUAUGUUUACACUCCUCCGGCCAGAGGACAACAUCCGGUUGGCCGUAAAGUUGGAAAGUACAUAUCAAAACCGCACACGAUAUAUGGUUGUCGUUUCAACCAAUGGAAGGCAGGACACGGAGGAGAGCAUUGUCCUGGGGAUGGAUUUUGCCAGUAAUGACAGCAGUAUGUGCACCAUGGGCCUUGUGCUUCCUCUCUGGAGUGACACGCUUAUACAUCUGGAUGGAGACGGAGGGUUCAGCGUUUCCACAGACAACAGAGUUCACAUCUUCAAGCCUGUGUCUGUUCAAGCCAUGUGGUCUGCCUUGCAGAGUUUGCACAAAGCCUGUGAGAUAGCCCGCAUCAAUAACUACUACCCUGGCAGUCUCUUUCUAACCUGGGUCAGUUACUAUGAGAGUCACAUCAACUCUGAUCAGUGCUCAAUCAAUGAAUGGAAUGCUAUGCAAGAUGUGCAGUCACACCGCUCCGAUUCCCCAGUGCUGUUCACUGAUGUCCCAACAGAGCGGGAACGCACAGAGCGCUUAAUUAAAAGUAAGCUACGAGAAAUCAUGAUGCAAAAAGACCUGGAAAAUAUCACAUCCAAGGAGAUUCGGACAGAGCUGGAAAUGCAGAUGGUGUGCAACCUAAGGGAGUUUAAAGAGUUCAUCGACAACGAGAUGAUUGUCAUCUUGGGACAGAUGGACAGCCCAACUGAGAUUUUUGACCAUGUAUUCCUGGGCUCCGAGUGGAAUGCCUCCAAUUUGGAAGACUUGCAGAACAGAGGGGUGAGGUACAUCUUGAAUGUUACGCGUGAAAUUGAUAACUUUUUCCCUGGACUCUUUGAAUAUCACAAUAUAAGGGUGUAUGACGAGGAAGGCACUGACCUGCUGGCUUAUUGGAACGAUACCUUCAAAUUCAUCUCAAAAGCCAAGAAGCAUGGUUCCAAAUGCCUUGUGCACUGCAAAAUGGGUGUGAGCCGCUCUGCAUCUACUGUGAUUGCCUAUGCCAUGAAGGAGUAUGGCUGGAACUUGGACCGGGCCUUUGAUUAUGUGAAGGAGAGACGCACUGUAACCAAGCCAAACCCAAGUUUCAUGAAGCAGCUAGAGGAAUAUCAAGGCAUUCUGCUUGCAAGCAAACAGAGACACAACAAGCUGUGGCGCUCUCAUUCAGACAGUGAUCUCUCUGACCACCACGAACCUGUUGGGAAAACAGGGUUGGAAAUGAGCAAAAAGGACAUAACCUCUUCAGCAGAGCAGCUCUCCGACACUCAUCAUUCCUUUUCUUUGGGCCCGCACACAGAGAACUGCAACCCAGACUGCCCCAUGGACAGCACCUUGUACAAUGAAACCCAAGCACGUUUUGAGUUUACAUCCUGCGACUUUCACACUGAACAGAUAGAGGACAUUUUAAAUCUAAACACCAUGAAUGGGUGUCCUUCUCGGUGCUGUUCGGAUGACACAAUACUAGACAAUUGUAGAAUAGUCGAAAAGGAUUUAACUCAGAAUCCAGAAUCCUUUACUGUUCCAGGUCAGUUACCGGACCUGACACUAGAGGACAUGGAGAAAGAUGCACUAAAGCCUGAAGUGAACUGCCACCAUUUGCAUUUAGAAGGACUGAAUUCAGAUUUCAGAGAUUUACAAGAAUCCCCAGACCAAUUAUCCAUGACAUCACAAUCAGAGGAACUUAAUGGGGAUAGAAUUGAUUUUCUUAGCGCACUGGAAAAGUUUGUGGAAUUAUCUCAGGAGAAUCGCCCACGGUCCUGUUCUACCACCCGUGCAGAUGAAGUGAGCUCUGUCAAGAACAGUGCCCUGAAAGCUUCCUGGCCGGAGACUCCAGUCUACGAUAGCCAUGUGGACAACCAGAGAAUAAGCUCUGAUGGGAGCACGUCUCAGACUUCCGAAGAUUCCUCUACAGAUGAGGAGCAGCCAAAGGAGAUCUCUGAACAGAUUGUCCAAGAACCUCUCCCAAAAUCUCACUCUGAAAAUGCAAUAUCUGUGAAGGAAAUCAUUACGGAAAUAGAGUCUUUCAACCAAGGAGCGGGCCAGUGCCAACAGAAACCGGACACUCAGUCUAGCCAAUCGCAAACACCAAAGAGAAAUACCAUCCAUGAUCUGCCACAUGAUUUUGCUUUAGAUCAAGAAAAUAACCACAGGCAGGAACCGAGCGACAGAAGCGCUCUUCUGCAAAACGACAAAUUGAGGGACUCCAAAGUUGCUACUUGGGAUGGUAACCCAGUAUCUCAGGAGAAUUGUGAAAACUCUAACGAAGCAAAUGAUUAUCAGGAACUCUCCAGCCAAGCACAUAAAUGGUGUGCUGGUUCUGUCCGACGGGCCACCUUGGAACUGGAGGAACGUUUGAGGCAAGAGCAGGAACAGCAGUACUCUGCCACUUUGCCAACAAGGAAGAACUCAAAGAAUGACUCUGCUGUUGGCGAUACUGCUCCAAAGGGAAAGCUUGAAGACACUUUACUUGACAGUGCACAUGGGGAUCACGAAAAGGACAGAAAAAACCAACUUAAGAUUGCAGAGUCCACAGAACCAAACUCAUCUGAGCCAUGUGCAGAUUCAUCAUCCUCUCAGAUAUCUGAGCCUCAGUGUUUGCUAUCCAAACCAGAGAGCCCUGUCUCUGAAAUAAAGCUCAAAGAAACAACAAACGAACAUGGAGAACUUCAUUCACUUGAAUCCGUUGAGAGGAAGAUUGAACCAAUACAGCUUCCUAAGAGAAUAGAAAUAAUAGAGUAUAGUAUUGGCAUUAAGUCUCCCAAUGACAAUGAACUUUCUCAAUGUGAGGAUGGAGCCACUCUUGGGGAGGUACUAAUAGAGACAAAGACAUCCAUGAUUCUGUCUCCGGAAAUGCCCUUUAAAGAGAUCCCUGAGACUGAAACAGACAAUUCUUUGCAUGCAGAUUCUUUACAUUUGUCAGAGACAUGCGAACUAGGGUCACCCAGUGUUUCCUUUUCACUCACCAGUCAAUGCGAAGAGCACAACAGUGUAAAUAUUCCAGUACCCUCAGCAUGCACAGGUCCUUCUAUGCAGCCAGAUCUACUGAGCACUCUCUACCCAUAUACCCAAGGCUCCAUUUCACUAACAGGCGUCACUGAAGAGUGCUCCAGUACUGAUGAGGAUUUCAGCAAGCCUUUCAGUUGCACAGAGAGUUACCAUACGGAUGCGUUUGAGGAUUUCAAUGAAAUGAUGCACAGAGAAACUGACAGUGCCUUGUCCCAGUGUAGCAGUGAAGAUCUGAACUUGAUUAGCACAGUCUCUGCAAAUAUACUGGAGAUACGAGAAGUGCUGGAUAUUCCCCCUCUGUCCUUUGGCUUUGCUCAUAGCUCCAGUACUGACAGCAUUAAAGACUUGGGUAGCAACCCUGGCGUUGUAAAGCAAAAGGCUAAGGAAAUAGAGGCUCGAAUUCGGCAAGCAGGUCUUACCACUCCGUCCCAGAUGAAACGCUCUGCCUCUUUAGCCAAACUGGGAUGUUUAGAACUGUCUAAAGACGACUUGUCAGAGAGAGAAUCUGUUUCAUCAGACAGUCAGACUUACCCUGACCUGCUUCUGAGCUCGCUUAGGGUUGUGCCUGGAAGCUUUGAAAUCUCGCCUGAUAUUAAAUCCCAAGACCCACCAGAAAAGCUGUGCAUCCUGUCCACCCAGGUUGAAUCUGAACCCACCAAGCAUUUUGUUGAACAGAUCAAGACGGAAGAGUGUGUAGUGCAGAGCAAGCCAGUAGAAAAGCCCCUUGUGCAGUUUGCCAAAGACUUUGAUUCCACUCAACAGGGUUUAUCUCCUAGUUCAGAAUCUGAACUGACUGUCUCCGAGGGGGGGUCCCCAAUGCAAUCACUGGUACUAGGUACAUCAGUCCCACUGGUAUCCAUAUCCCCUAAACAUGAGCAUGGCAGAACUCAUCCUCUAAGGAGACUUAAAAAAACCAAUGAGAAGAAGAGGACAACCAAUCCGCUAUACAAUACCAUGUGAUCUUAGGAGUUUUAUUGUACAUUGUUUGUUGUUCUUCUAAAGGGGCUGGUGUAAUAUGUAAGGAACGUGCACUUUAUUGGUUAAUUUUAUAUAUUUUGGCAUAUAUUACUGUUUCUGAUGCAUGUAAGGUAUGGGCUCCCCUAUCUCAUCCUUCACCUUGUAAGUAACUCUUGGCUGCACAGCUGUAGCCCAGUGUACAUAGAUAUAUAAAUAUAUAAAUAUAUUUUUUGUUUUUAACUAUGAAAAACCUCAAACCUUUUUGUUUUAAGAAAAGUUUAGCUCAACAGGUUCUUAGCUAGUCCUGCUAGAAACUUGGCCAUCCUUUUAAUGUUCGUUGGAGCCUGGAAUCCUUUCUGAUACAGUACAUCUCAGGCUUCACUUCACCAGGAACCAGAUUUGCUCACUAAAAGGCAGGUUUUUAUUUCUAAGCAACUGUGAAACUACCAUUUAGGAGAUCCAAAGCAGGCUUGUCAGACCCUGUGGCCCUCUCUUGUUUCUAAUCUAAACCUGACUUGCUGAGAGUUAUGGGCAAUCUAGCAGAGCAACAACUAGCAGCAAUCUUGGCAUGGCUGAUCCCAAGCCAUAGCCCCCCCCCCCCAUACAGCUACAUUCACUUACUGUAGCCUAGCAUUGGAGCAAUGGAGCAUUCUGUACCAAAUGCCUUUUUGGUCCACAGGUUUUUCAGGGCAUUAUCAGUUGCCAGAGUGGGAUAAGGAAAUAGAUCUUUUAUCUUUUGAUCUUUUUUUUGUUCAUUGACUUCAAACCUUGCACAGUGAAUUUGUGAUGGGAAGGCUGGUAUCUUGACUUUUGAUUGGCACAGCCUUUAACCAAUCAAGUGAGUGAGCAUGGUUCCUUUGCUCAAGGAAAUCAGGGUGUUGGUAUCCAGUCUAUGCCAUGCUUUCCGCAGCCCCCCCCAACUGAUUUAGUUAGUCCUGGACCAGUCCACCUUUAAUUUAGCCUAGACCACUUUGUCACUCCAAUUAAGCCUUAAUGAACAAGUGGAAGUCCAUUCUAGAACUGGUCCUGUUGCUCUGUAAAUCAUAGUGGCCGCCACAAGAAUUGAAAACUGUAAAACAAAACAUGCUCAUUGAUCUAUUUUGGGGGUGGGUGCGCCCCCCCUUUCUUACUUGAAUUCUUCUAUGGACCUUCCAAGUUUUAUGGCCAUAUAACUUCUUUUGCCUUCAUUUCUUGUAAUCCACUUUCAAUUUCUAUUCGCUGAAAUGCUUCCCCACGCCCCCUUUAAGAAACCCAGUGGAUCUCAAUGCUGCCUAUUUGUUUUUAAUGGAGAAUACAUUUAAAUGUUACAUAGUGCGUGUGUUAGCUAUUUGAAUUUCCAAAAUGUGUUUGUUGGCCUCCCGGUGUUGUCUUUUAAAUUGUGAGUGUGCGACACUAUAGAACGAAUCUGAAUCUUAGUAACACGUGUGUAUGUAUGUGUGUCUAUAUAUAUAAUAUAUAUAGAUAUAUAUAUAUAUAUAUUAUACAUUGUAUGUACGCACCCGUAAAACUGUAUGUUUUUGCAGGCAAGACUACUUGCUGGAACUGGAAAUGCUUUUUUGCUCUUAAGAUGUUUUUAAAAUGUUAUAUCAUUUCCUCGUAGUCGGUUUAGUUUGCUGCUAUUUUCGCUCUGCCGAGAGACUUCUUUCACGUUUUGCCAACCAGGUCUCUGGCGAGUGAAACAGUCAUGUCCCUCCCUGCUGCUCAGCUGAGCGUCCCUCUGUAGGUGCCGCCUUAACUUCAUGAACGAAUGGAAGCUCUGCUCUCAUACGGGGCUCGUUGCUUUCCUACCUGCGUGUUGGUGGCCGUAUCCCCCAUGGUUUGUGUUCGGCCAAGCACAUCUCACAGCUUCAGUGCUCUCCUGUAACCGUGUUACAUACAAACAGGGAAUCGAUAGUCGCAAUUAUUUAAUGGUCACCAAAAACAGAAUCUUUUUUUUUUUUAGGAGAACCGACCUAUGACAAAUCCUCCCAAUGUUCCUUUGUCACGUCAUCGCUUGAUGGUGUAGGGCAGCAGGAAUCCAAACAGGAUCUGGCAAACCCAAACAGCCCAUGUUUACAAUAAGUCCUGUAGGGGAAGUGAUGCUGUCGCUGAACCCAAACGUUCAUGUAUUUAAGGCACUGGGGUCGGACUGUACAGAGAGAUGAGCCCACACCACAGACUCUCACAGCAGCUCACUCUUGGCAUAGUUUUGUUUUGUAAAUUUGAAAACCCACUAAGAUUUUUUUUUUUUUGUUGUUUUGUUUUUUUAAGGGCAUUUUUGUACAACAGCUAUUCUUUGGUCUUUUACAGAAAAUACUGUGGUUGAGGAAAUUUAUUGUUUACAUUGUGAAUAUUAAACCUGAACAAACAAAAAUAA